AUGGAAGGACAAUUAAAUACUUUAAAGCUCUAUAGAGAUCCCAGCAUGGUUGAUACGCGUAAUGCAACUGUAGUAUUCAUUCGACUGAUAUUUUUACGAAUAGGUAAUAUCGACACAUUAAAUGAAAAAUAUGAGGCCGAAGCAUAUGUGGAAGCCACGUGGUUUGAUAAAAGCUUUCACCCAGAAGUGCAGGGGUCAGCAAUUGACUAUAACCCGAAAGUACAUUGGAAUCCUGAAUUAGUGAUCGAUAAUAAUGUUGGUGAACUAAAACAAGAAAUAUUUUAUACAGUUAUCCAACAUCCUGAGGAACAAUCAUCAGAAAUAUGUGAACAUCGUACAAUGAAAGGUACUUUUUGGGAGAAAUUGGAGUUGCAGCAUUUUCCUGUUGAUGUACAAGAUUUAUCAAUAAGUAUAACGACAAAACACUCAUCGUCAGAAGUUGUACUAAAACAAGACGAGUCGCGCUUGUCUAGUAUCAAUCGUCUGGCAUUUGGUGGUCAACAAUCGUGGAAACUGUAUGAACAUAUAGAAACAACCAGCAGUUAUCUAAUUGACGAUUAUAUAUAUUCGAAUAAAGUGCAUCCUGUAUUUAACGUUACAUGCAGAGCAGGUCGUUGUCCAGGAUACUACGGUUGGAACGGUUUCUUUCUGAUGUUUCUGAUAACAUUAUUUGCAUUCCCCAUCUUUUCCAUUCUUCCAAGGUAAAUAGCUCUUAGUAAACAGGAUGGAUAACCUUCAUGUUAUUAUAGCUAAAGUGAACGCUAUACGCAUGGUUUUUUAUUUAGCAAACCUGAAAAUCGCUUGCAAACCACCGUUACGGUUCUACUGGCAGCUGUUACUUUUCGCUGGGUCGUCAAUCGAUCACUACCGGUAAGGUGUUCGUCAUAUAACAGGCGAGGUAAACGUUCUGAAUGAAAAAUAAUUGAGAAAACGGUAGCUUUGAACAUUUUGCAUUUCGUUAAAUAAUAAACGUCGAGGUUUUAUUGUUUUAAACAGCAGUUGUAGUAAUACACUUUAGAUAUUGUUUACUCUACUUAUGACUGAUGAUGCACUGACAAAAUAUUCAAAAACUACCCAUGUCUAGAAAUAUUCGUUCAACCUACAAAAAUCUGUCAGUCUAAACUUCGUGAUUGUCAGGAAUACUUUCUUAUCCGAUAUUUUCCCACAAACUAAGAAUUCUCGUCUAAUACUUAACGUGUAAAUGCAUCACCAAAGGCAGCAAGUUAAUGAGAUUAGCUUUUAUAUUGCUUUGUAAAAAUUAUGUCGACAUCAAAGAAGGAGUCAGAAUCAAAUUAAAAGAAACUCACUGUCGGAUUCCUCGAGGAAUUAUAUACCUGACAUCCUAUUUCCAUCUAAUUUGGUUCAGCGCGGAGCCAGCAUACAUAAGAAAUAUGGAGCUGGAGCAUGGAGAAAUACGGUCAACAUUUAUGCGAAGCUUUUUCAUGACCCCCGUAUAUUAUCGUCAUAAAAUCAUAUAGCGUUUUUGUUUUUUAUGUUAUUUAGACUAUUCGCUAUCUAACGUUAUUAGACAAAUAUUCACUUGUUUCAAUUGUCUUUUUGGUCUUUAUUUGCUUCUAUCAUGCAGUAAUUGCUGUUAUUCCGUUUCAAAUCCCCAAAGAGCGUGUUGAAGUUGAUGGGAUCAUUUGUAUCAUAUUUUUCAAUAUAUUCGUUGUAAUUCAUAUAUUAUUUGCUGCAUGGUUACACAUUUUUGUCUACAAACGUCGAAGAGAAAUGAGAAAAAAAGAUGAAGAGUACAUUAAAUUAUUCAAACGUAAUGCAGAUGCAAAGAGUAGCGUUGUUAUUAAACUCAAUCAGAGUGGUGAGCGACAACCGUUGCUCAAACUGCCAAUGCGAAAAGAAUAAACGCACAAAAAACCUGUUUAUAUCGUUGGCCACAACUGAUACAAUAAAAAUCAUCGGUACGGAUAUUAUGUGAUGAAAUUAAGGAACAGGGAGAGUUUCCAAACGACUACUUUUUAGCAGGGACCGAGAGAUUGUAGCAAAACAUUACAUAAUCAUUGAAUCUUCUCGCUAUGUGAUUUGUAGUCUUAACAUGUGAAAAAAAGUCGGAGUUAAAAGGCUUGUGUUACUUAUAAACAAUAUUCUCUUCUCAAUCACGCUUAAAAACUAACAAAAUGUAUCUAAUCUUAUUAGACAAAUUCACUUGUUUCAAUUGUAGCUUUAAUGUUUAUUUGCUUAUAUCCUGCCGUAAUGCCUGUUGUUUUGCUUUUAAAUCUUCGAUACGCGUGUUCAUACUGAUCGGCAUCAUAGUGGGCAAUUUUGGCUAGAGCAGGCGGACAUGUGCUAUUAAUUCAAUAAUAACUUUUGAUAGAAAAGAGCUAGAGAGCUCCGAUUUUUGCCAUUCGAAAGAGGAGAUUUAGAGAUAUGUUUUCAUAACCAAAAUUAUUUUCAGAAGAGUUUUUUGAAACAGGUUUUCUAGGCAAUCUUCGGAAAACUAGGCCGUCUGUAAAAAUUUUCCGAUAGGAUUGUAUUGCUUUCUUUUAGUGGACUGAUAGUCCGGGGUGUUCUCUUCAAAUAGGAGCGAAGUGAGACCUUGAUUUUCCGCGGUUCAGGCGUUGUAUCGGAUCUCCUACGAGUCCCAGAACUGGCGCUCGGUGGCUAUUGGUAGCCUUGAAGGAAUAUGGGUAAUCGACAGUGCUGAGCCUCGUGGCAAUAUUUGUGUUUAGAAAAAAUUUUAAAAAACUACCGAAAAGCCAGUUGUGCGAAAGUUAUUGCUUUCAGGCUGUUUUCAUCUAAUAUUAAAAAAUUCACUAUUCACUCAAAAAACAUCAGAACUAGUUCAGAAGUUCAGACGGCCGAGUAUUUAAGCUAUUCUAUAUACUCUUUAUAGGAGAUCUCAAAAGAAACGUUACAAAACCACAAGGUUUUCCAAGAGGGUUUCUGGAAAAUCCAAGAACAAAAAUAUGCCUUUCUGAUUUUUCGAUCGUAUAAUCACGUUUAGCGAAGGAAAUUAACCAUAUCUUGACAUUUUGAACUCGUUCUGAUGAUUAUGGAGUGAUUAAUGAAUUUUUCAUAUUACGUGAAAACAGCCUGAAAAUGCUAGUUUUCGUAAAACUCGUUUUUCGGUAGAUCUUUAGAACUUUUUCUAAAAGCAAAUAUUGCCACGAGGUUCAGCAUGAUCGAUUGUCUAUAGUCCAUCCAUUCUCAAGGCUACCAAUAGUCACCGGGUGUCAGUCCUGUAACUCCCAAGACCAUGGUUUUUCGGAAAAUCUCCAGCACAAUGCAGAAUUACUGACGCGAAUUGGCGCCAUUGUCAAUGGUAGAGCACACAUAGAGGAGUAUUUGGCGAAAGGUUGAGCUCGAUUAGACUUUAGCUGUUUGUAGUGUUUACAAAAUAUGGUAUGGCGAAUUUUCCGAAAUAUUUUUAGCAUAGAAAAUUUAAAAAAGUUUUCUGGAAAAAUCAAUGUUAUAUAAGAUUCGAUGCAGCUUGGCGAGCUAAUUCUGAGUAUCACGUUGGUUUUGCGCUAAAAUGUUAUAUUAGUCGCAAAAAAGGCAUUUGGUGUCAAAAACUAUGGUUUGUUGGAAAACCUCUAGCCCAAUUCAGAAUCACUGGCGCUAAUUGGCGCUGUGGUCGAUGAUAGAGCACACAUAGAGGAAUAUUUGGCGAGAGAUUGAGCUCGACUGGACUUUAGCUGUUUGUAGCGUUUACAAAAUACAGAAUGAUGCAUUUCAUGAUGCGCCAUGAACUUCAAUAAUAGUUUUAAAAACCAAAGUACUUUAUUUUUUGAAAGAUUUUCUAAAAAGCCUUGGAAAUAAGGGAGUGUUUUGUACUAAAUUCUGCUACAAAAUACGAUUAAUCAGAUACAAUAGAGUAUAUCUUGAUAUUCCGAAGCAGUUUCGAAUAACUUUCACUGAGGUAUAUGAAUUUUUUAAUUUUCGCUGAAAAUAGUGAAAAAUAGUUUAUUUCAUCUAGUGUGGGUUUUCGCUAGUUUUUCGAAGCUCUUUCAAAAACAAACAUUGCCGCGAGUCUCCUUUAUGGGUAACUUAUAGAUCAAUGAUUUCGAACAUCACAUAAUCUUAAAUAUGACUGUUAACACCAGUCUCAGGAAAACUGCUAUCAUAUCCAAACCACGGUAUAUGGAGUCAUGAGAUUUUCGGAUCUGUAUAGAGUAAUGUUUAAGUUAUAUAGCAACAUAUUAAAGUUGAAAAUCCAUUCUGCCCUCAUAAUUUGACAACAUUCCCUGUCUAAUGUUGACUAAUAUGGUACACCACCUGCAGAUGCUAUUUUGUAAGAUGUUUUUACGUCAUCCUGCAGCUAAUUAUUUUCUCUAUGCAAUGCUGAAAACCGCAAGUCUUCCAAAUGCAUUGUUCAAAAGUUAUUGAAAAAGUAGCUAUAAGAUGUAUAUGCUAGUUAUAUUCCUUUUUUAACGGACAAUAUAUGUUGGAAACAAUACUUCACUAUAUAAAUUCGCAAAACCCUCAGUCAUGCUGUUAGUUUAAAAGUAAUAACCUGUAGUAUGUUAGAUUAUGAGCCGUUUUAAAUUUUGAUGUUUAUCCAUGUAAACUUUUCUGUGCAGCAUUUAUUUUCUUUGUGAGAAAAGAUAAUUUAUUUAAGCUCAUAAUUUAUUAUCUCUGCGAUUUUCCUCGUCUAUCGACAGGGGGGAAUUAGAGAUGCAUUUUGAAAAAUAAAACGCUUAAUCUUAAAUGUUCUGCAUAGACGAUUACUGAUAUUAGAUUAUUUUAUUGCCACUUGCGGUAUGUACACUUACUAUCGCUCAUUAUGAGUUUAGUGGAAAAUCGCUCAACUUAAUGAGUUAAAUGGAAAUUAAUUCGAAGAUUUCCAUUUCUACUUUUUAUUCCAAUGGAAAGAGAGAAAGUUUUCGAAAUCGUGCAGAGCUAUUUUUCAAAAAUAGUCUGGCUUUUGAGAUAUUGGACAAUCAAUGACACUGUGUGGCUAAAUCAAAACAUCGAAACUUUUUUUUUUAUCGGACUUAAAUUUGAACUUGAAGUUUAUUUCAAGUGUAGAAAAUAAUCUUGCAGAAAAUAAUAUACACAUAGGUAAGUACAAAAAGCCGGAGGCUUGUAAAAAUGUACUACCUGUAUGGAAAAGAAUGUUUAGUAUUAAGAGAAAUCAACGUAAAUAUUGUGACCAUUAGAUAAGUAAUAAACGUUUAUCUAAAUGUAAUCAAACACUAAAAUCCAAUCAUGAAAACUAAUGAUCCGUACGUAUAUUAUCAAAUUAACAAUCUCUAAUGCGUAGAAAUGAAUUUGCAACUGGACAAAAUUGAGUCGAGAGACAUUGAAGUGCAAUAUUCUGUGCAAUUUAUGUCUGCGUAUUAUUUGAUGAAGAACACACCGAUGAUUAGUUUUCAUGUUUGAGUUUUAGUGUUUGAUUACAUUUAGAUAAACGUUUAUUACUUAUUUAAUAGUCACAAUAUUUACGCUGACUUUUCUUACCACUAAUCAUUCCUGUGUCUCACAGUGAUAUACUACAUUGUUUCAAAUAUUAAGUUUAAUAAACUUAUCGGCAAAAUACGGAACGGUUAGAAAACAAGAAAAAUCUGCAAAAAAAGUAGCAGCAGUAUCUCGGAGGCUUUUCAUAAAUAUAAUGCAGCUUGACGAAAAUAUGUUGUGGAAAGCUCGGAGACGCCUUAUUUUCCUCAGAAAUGUUUACUCUAUCUAAUUAAACUAUUAACACAAAACUACCGGCCGAAGCCAGGAUACUUGAAACGAGAACUUUGAGUUUUCCCUAAAUCCCCCUUUUGAACAUUUUGAGAAAAUUUUGUAUAUACUCAUCGGACGUAAACUGUUUUAGCUGCUCAAAGCAUUCUUUAGUAUUGUUUUAGCUGUCGUAGUUGAUGAAAAAUGUUAGAAAAAGAAACAGCUCAAAUAUUUGUCACGUACUUUAAGCAACAAUUAUCAUAAUUUAUAUAGUAGUUAGUGUAGUAAUGUACAGGAUAUAUCAUAAUUAUAGACCCCCAUAACAUGUACAUAGAAAAAUGUUUAUUUUAUUACAAUAAGGAAUGAUAUUGAUCUGCUAGUGGCACGGCUAUGUAAGACUAAUUACGUACUAUCUGAUUCCC